GCUUAAGCCGCGCGGUGUGCGGUGUGCGCGGCCCCUGCCUUAGCAACGACGCUAGUAACUGCCUGGCUCCUCCCUCUGGUGUCUCCCGGAAAGCGCUCCGUCUGGUCCGUGCGCGAUCACGGCCCGGCGCGUGGCUCGGGCUCGGGCGGAGCUGGAGACGUGUGGAGCUGUUCGAGGACUCGCGGGUGUGCAGUGCACCUAUGAUAUGUGUUUUAGAAAUAGCCGUUAAACUUUGGUUUGAAUGAAGAAUGUCUCUCAAUCCACCUAUAUUUCUCAAACGAAGUGAAGAAAAUAGUUCAAAAUUUGUGGAAACAAAACAGUCACAAACUACUUCCAUAGCUUCAGAAGAUCCCCUUCAAAACUUAUGUUUAGCAUCUCAAGAAGUUCUUCAAAAAGCUCAGCAAAGUGGGAGAUCAAAAUGUCUCAGAUGUGGUGGUUCCAGAAUGUUCUACUGCUAUACAUGUUAUGUUCCAGUUGAAAAUGUACCUAUUGAACAGAUUCCACUUGUGAAGCUUCCAUUGAAGAUUGACAUCAUUAAACAUCCAAAUGAAACAGAUGGCAAAAGUACUGCUAUACAUGCAAAACUCUUGGCACCUGAAUUUGUAAACAUUUACACGUAUCCUUGUAUUCCAGAAUAUGAAGAAAAGGACCAUGAAGUUGCACUCAUUUUCCCUGGACCUCAGUCUAUCUCAAUAAAAGAUAUUUCUUUUCAUCUGCAAAAAAGGAUUCAAAAUAAUGUUAGAGGCAAAAAUGAUGACCCUGACAAGCCAUCUUUUAAACGCAAAAGAACUGAAGAACAAGAGUUCUGUGAUUUGAAUGACAGCAAGUGCAAAGGCACAACACUGAAAAAAAUUAUAUUUAUAGAUAGCACCUGGAACCAAACAAACAAAAUAUUCACUGAUGAGCGACUUCAAGUUCUCUCAAAUUUUGCCAGUGGAAACCCUUCAAUACUUCAUGGCAUGGCCUCAUUUGUCUUUUUGGUGCAACAGGCAAGUUCACUCGUACUUUUUUUCUGUCUCAGACCUGGAAUCAAUUGUUUUUCUAAGAAGCUAUAGUUUCUUUUAGUAGGAAAUGGUAUUAGAAACUAAGAUCUGGUAAAUUCAUUACUUUUGGGAUGUCAUUGCUUCAAUGGAUAGAGCCAGGAAAAAUACAUAGUUAUGUAUCAUGAGUUCACACAGAUAGUUCCAAUUCAUAUUUAACAUUAUAAGGAUUUUUAUUUCUUUUAGAGUGAAAAACUUGGUUCCUAAUAAUAGUGAUUUAAAACAGUUACUUUACUUGUCCAUGUAUGAUUAGAAGGCAAGAAAGCUAUUCAGUUAAUAUUAGGCAGUUGCUUAAACAGUUUAUUUCAAACUGGGAGAGCUUCUCUCAGGCUAGUGUUAAAAAUGUGCAUUAUCUAGAAAAGAACAUUUUGACACUUUUUGGAGUCUGAUUGGUGUUCAUUAAUUCCAAGCUGAAGUGAGUGACAACACUAGAUUUAACGAGCUUAAUUUAUAUAGUUUAUGCAUCUGAGAUCUUCAUACACAUUAGUAAAGUUGCUUUGAAAGUCUAAUUGUGUGCGCUUUGUGUCUUAUGUGUGUGGGAGAGAGUGAAGGGCAGGUACUACGGAGCAUAAGAUCUUUAAGAAAUUUUGUUGCUGAUGUUUGAUAGAAAGACAAACGCCUAAGCCCUAAGGCUGUGCUCUUUGAAAGAGAGAAAGGGAACACUGCCUGCCACAUUCCUGUGGAUGUUUACAGCAGCAGGUUACUUGCCAGUUUGAAGAUUUUUCUGAGCCAUUUUUCUUUAUAGUUACCUUAUAUGGUAAUUGAAAAGAUAAAUGAAAAAACAUAAGUAAAAACCUUUGACAAAACUAUAAAAGGAAUUAUUGUGGUAUUAUUCAAAAUCUCUUUUCAGAGUGUCCAAAUUUGGCUUGCCUAAAAUCAGAUUUGUACAAAAGAUUUUUGUUAUUCCUUCCCAAUUCACAUGGAAAGUAUCAUAUAUUUCAGUUCUGUGCUAGAUCAAAAAUUUUUAAAGGGGCUUCUUAAUCUCUUUAAAAUCAUAAAAGGAACAGAUUUCUAAAGGCAAGUUUUCUGCAUGACCUACUUCAACCCCUGUCCUUUGUGGCUCCUCAUUGCACCACAGGAAACAAUUAGGGCUCUAUACAUAUCUAUAACCUCUGUAUAUGUGAAAUACUGAUUUCUGAAUAAACCAAGUGACUUCCAUAAGAAACAAUCCAUGGUUUUUAUAAAUUGUUGGCUUUAGGCUUUAAAACUUCGUCAUUUCGUGAGAUUAAUCUGAACAAACUGAGUCUAUACCUCAAUUAAACCCUCAGGUGUAUUGGAAAUUAUGUUUCCAUUAUUUUACUAUGAAUGCUGAGGUUAAGAAUCCCUUUAACAAUGUAAAACCUUACUGUUUUGCCAAAUUUUUACAGAAAAAUAGCUCUGUGUGUUCUACCAAUGUCAAAAUAAAACACUUGAAGGUAGAGUGCCUAAUUUAAUUAUAAAAGGUAAACCUAAACCUACAGGUGAAGAAUGAUAUAACAUUCUUAAAGAUUUAUCAUAGGAAGCCUUGGCAGAAUGUAGGGGGAGACAUUGUUUCUUUUUGUUGGGUGUGAGUCCAAAUUAUAUUUAAAUGGCAUUAUACUGUAAUUUGUUAUAAAAAUUAGCCAGCUCUUUCCCUUCAGUUUGACUGUAUUGAUACAACUUUUAAAGUGAUAACUUUGUUCAUAUUAUAAGCGUUGCCUAAACUACACUCCCUGUCAGUGAGUGCUGUGUCCUAUACUACCUUAUUCAAUCCUCACAUCAAAUAUAUGAGGUAAAGGAUGUCACCCUCACUUUGCAAUUGAAGAAACUGAGGCAGCACUUUUGGAAGGAAAAGACAUUUGUAAUUAUCUACUUUAAGUUUCUACUGCUAAAAUAUUUUACUAGUUUUGAGCCAGGUGUAGUGGCUCAUUCCUAUAAUCCCAGCACUUUGGGAGAUGAAGGUGGGAGUAUCACUUGAACACAGGAGUUCUAGACUAGCCUAGGCAACAUAGCAAGGCCUACAUCUCAACAAAAAAUAAAGUAAUUAGCAAGGCGUGGUAGUGUGCACCUGUAGUCUUAGGUACUUGGGAGACUGAGGCAGGAGGAUUGCUUGAGCCCAGGAGUUCAAGGAUGCGGUGAGCUACACUCAUGCCACUGAACUCCAGCCUGGACAACAGAGCAAAAUCCCAUCUCAAGAAAAAAUGUUUAUGAUUUUUACUAUAAUUUUAUUAUAAAGUUACUGAUUGUUAGAAAUACUAGGGUAUAAAAAAUAUUUUGCAUUCAAGAAACUGAAAUAUUUAAUGUUGUCUAGAAUGCAUACAUAUAUGAGAAUGGUAAAAGAGACUGGAGAAAUUCAAAUUAUGAAUGUCAUAUUUUAUUCAGCAUGCUUGGGCAUUUGUUCUUUUAUCCAUAGUGCUGUGGCAUCAUUAAACAAUUUUUAAGCUUGUCAUUGACAUGAUUAGAUUGUAUUUUAAGUCUAAUGGAAAGAAUUGGGCUGGAACAUGACUUCAAGCUCCAAUUCCUUCACUAAAUAAGCAAAAAGGUUUUGUUUGUUUGUUUUUAACUGUUUUAUAUUUUUAAAUAAAUUGUGAUACAUAUGAAAUAAUAUAUACACACACACAUGUAUAUGUAACAUUAAGUUAUAAAGCAUAGUGAUAUAAUGAACAAUUAAGAACUCAAGCACCAGUAUUUCUAACUUCCAUUUACCUAUGUUUUCCCUUGUGCCAUUCCCCUUCUUCCCCUGACAGUUAUUUUCCUGAAUUAUGCUUUUUUAGAUUAUAGUGUUAUAUAUAUGUUUUCAUAAACUACAUAUGAUUUAGUUUUGCUUUAUUUUGACCUGUGUGUCGUUUUCUUGGGACUUGCUUUCUAAAGUCACAUUUUGUUUCUAGGGUUUACAUAUAUUGUCAUAUCACUGUAGCUAUAGUUUAUUCUAUUUCACUGCUGAAUAAUAUCUGUGAUAUACUACAGUUUAUCUGGUUUCCUGCUAAUGAAACACUUUGGUUAUUUCUAGUUUUUCCUAUUGCAAAUAAUGCUACUACACACAUUCUUGUGCAAGUACAAGCUCCUCUAGGAAACAUCCCUAGGAGUCACAUUGCUGAGUUGUUGAGUAUGAGAAUAUUCACCUUUACAGGAUAAUGCCAUAUUGUUUUUCAAAGUGGACAUACAAAGGAAUAUUUCCAUCAUUAAUGUAUAAGCGCUCCAUUGAUCCAUAAUCUCUCCUACCUUGGUAUUAUCAAAUGUCUGAUUUUUGCCAACCUAGUAUUUUAAAAUGGUGUCUCAUUGUCAUCUUCAUUUACUUUUCUCUAAUUACUAAUAGGAUUGAUAAUUACAUUGUUUGUUUAUUUGGCCAUAUACGUGUCCUAUUCUGUGAAAUAUCUAUGCCCAUUUUUCUGUGUUUUAUCUUAAUUGAUUUGUAGAAAUUCUUUGUAUAUUCUAGAAUAUAGAUAAUGUUGCAAAAUAUCUUCUUGCAGUUUGUGGUUCAUCUUUUCAAUUUCUUUUCUUUUGAGGAAAAAAAUUUUUAGUGUGGAAUUUAUCACUAUGUUUGUGUCUUGUUUGAAUCCUUCUCUUCUGCAAGAUACUAUAUGGCUAAUGAUUUGCCUGAGGUUUUUUGUAUUUUCUGUGUAAGUAAUGCCAAUUGUAUUUCUUUCCAGUUCUUAUCCAUCUAAUUAAUUUAUUGUUCUUUAUUACUAUGUUAAAUAAGACCUCUAAUGCAAUAUUUAAUUGAAGCCAGUUAUUUAAUUGUAGGGGUCAUCCUUCUCAGGUUUCAAUCUGAUAAUCUAUGUCUUUUAAAUAGUAAGUUUAGUUUAUUUACAAUUGCUGUGAGUAUUGAAAUAAUUGGAUCUACUUUCUACCAUCUUAAUUUUUAUUUCUAUUUGUCCUUUUUUAUAAUUUUUGUUUCUUUUUUUGAUUGAGGUUUUUUCUUAUUCUAUUUUUAUUCCUAUUUCAGUUAUUUUAGAGAAUUGCCCAUAUCACUUAAAAAGUUCAAAGCCAAACAAUGUUUAACCUCUCCUUUUUUACAUUGUAUGGACUUUGUAUGCUGAAGCUUCAUUCAGCCUCCUCCUGGUUCACAUUGUUAUUGUUAAUAUCAUUAUUUUUGUCUGUCGUUUAUUGUCAGUCUACAAAUUAGACAUUAUUAUUGUUUUUGUUUUAUACAGGCAACAUUUAUCUGGAUUUGCAUAGAUGUUUACCGUUUUCUUUACUCAGUGUUUUAUCAAAUACAUCCUUUAGGAAUUCCUUUAAUUUGGUCUCUUGUUGGCGUAUGUUCAGUUUUCAUUUGUCUAUUAAAUGUUUAUCACUUUUUUCUUGAUAGGUUGUUCUGCUGGGUUCACAAUUUUAGGUUGCCAGUUCUGUUUUUGUGUUUGUUUGUUUGACACUUGGAAGAUAUUAUUCUAGUGUCUUCAAUAUUCUGUCUUUGGUCUUUGGUCAUUCUAAUUACCUUUUCUUUGUAUAUGAUCUGUCCCUUCUCCAUGGCUUCUUUUAAAAUCUUCUCUUUAUCUUUGGUGUUUUUCAGUUAAAUAUGUAAUAGAACUAGGCACUGAUUUGUUUGUAUUUAUCCUGCUCGAGACACAUGAUGUUUCAUGUAUCUGUGGCUUUUUAUAGUUUAAAAUAAUUUCUGGAAAAGUCAUAGUCAUUAUCUCUUUAACUGCUCCCUCUCUUCCAUUCUCUUUGUUCUCUCUUCCUCGAACUCCUGUUAGUCAUUUGAUCCUCCAUAUCUCUGAAUAUUUUUGUAUUUCUUUUAUUAUUUAUUUCUUGUCUCUGCUACAUUUUACAUUGAGUAAAAGUGGGAUGUGACAGUGGGAAAUCAUUAGUGACUUAGAAAUUCCAGUUGGUCAUUGGGCCAAUUUUGAUGCUACUUUCUCUCUUUUAUUUCUCACUUUAAAGUAAAAUUUGCAAAAACAAAAAAUUAAAUAUAGUAUGAGUCCAGUUACUGGCCUAAGGAGCUAAAAGCAUUCUGGGUUUGUAUGAUGACAGCUGAGUUAUAACAAAUGAGAGUACUGUUGUGUGACUGCAUUAAUUAUUCCCUUUUUAAAUGUACAAGAGCAAGGCAUUCUACCUGUGUUAUUGAGCUCUGCAGCAUACAUGUGACAGAGCUAAAACAAACAAGCAAACAAAAGAAACCACACAGCUUUAGGAUACUCUGUUCAUGAAUAUAGCCUGAAAAUGAUAAUCAAGAAGUAAACUUUUACCAGUAUUAAGGAACAUUAAGCUGCCUAUCUCUCAGUGAAUUUCAGAAUGAUAUUUUAAAAGUUAGUUUAGGCUGGGCACUGUAGCUCAUGCCUAUAAUCCCAGCACUUUGAGAGGCAGAGGCCAAGGCAGGAGGAUCACUUGAGCCCCGGAUUUUGAGACCAGCCUGGGCAACAUAGCAAGACACUGUCUCUAAAAAAAAAUAAAAAUAAAAAAUCUUAGCUGGAUAUGGUGGUGUGCACAUGUAGUCCCAGCUAUUUGGGAGGAUCACUGAGUCCAGAGUUUGAGGUAACUGUGAGCUAUGAUCACACUGCUGCAGUCUAGCCUGGGUGACAGAGUGAGACCUCAUCUCUAAAUAAACAAAAAAGUCAGUUUGUCAAGGAAAUGAAACCCUUCUGAAAAUUGGUGAAUGCAGUCCUGUCAGAGAUUUAGAUUUUUGAAGAUGCUGAUACAUAGAAGAUUGGAAGACAUGAAUAUCUUAAAUGUUAACUACUUUUAAUUCAUUGGUCUAAGACUCAGUGUUAACUGUCAUGUAUAAGAUUUUAUUAUUUGUUUUAUGUUGCUUCUGUAUAUACCUUGAGGUGUUUAAGAAAAUAUCUUGUUUCAAACUGAGAUUGAAGGAAGUUAUCUGCAGUCUUUAAAAAAAAAUUCUUAGAAUAAUUAAGAGAAAUUAUUAUUGUACCAAGCCUGUGGUUAAGAAGAAAUAUUUAUAUUUUUUCUUUCUUUCUUUCUUUCUUUUUUUUUUUUUUUUUUUUUUUUUGACAGGGUUGUUACAAGUUGAGUUGAAAACAAGAAAAACUUGCUUUUGGCGCCAUCAAAAAGGAAAGCCAGAUACUUUCCUUUCUACAAUUGAAGCCAUUUACUACUUUCUGGUAGACUACCAUACUGAUAUAUUAAAAGAGAAAUACAGAGGGCAAUAUGACAAUC